AUGUACCGAAAUUUUAAAGCAAAAAGAAACCGACAAGGAAAGAUUAUCACGCCUGCACCGUUUCAAGGAUGGUUGUCAUCUGGAACAGUUUCACGUGUCGAGCCAAGUCCCAAAUGGUUUGGCAAUUCUCGAGUCAUCUCACAAUCGGCUCUUCAAAAGUUCCAAGAUGAAAUGGGAAAAGUAAUGAAAGAUCCUUACCAAGUUGUCAUGAAACCAACAAACUUACCAAUUACACUUCUCAAUGAAAGUGCAAAAUACGCGAGAGUUCAUCUACUGGAAACUGAAUCAUUUGACACAACAUUUGGUCCAAAGAAACAAAGAAAACUCCUUGAUGCAAGAGAUCCAAUGGGCACAAGAUCGAAAUACAUUGAAGAGUUUUUAAGAAAAGAAAAGAAACACAAACAUUUAUUCUUCAUCUUAAACAAAGUCGAUUUAGUGCCAAUCUGGGUGACACAACGUUGGGUUGCAAUUCUUUCAUCUGAAUAUCCUACAAUUGCUUUUCAUGCCUCGAUGACUCAUCCGUUUGGAAAAGGUGCUUUAAUUAACUUAUUGAGACAGAUUGGAAAACUUCACGUGGAUAAGAAGCAAAUCAGUGUUGGAUUUAUUGGAUACCCAAAUGUUGGCAAGUCUUCAAUCAUUAAUGCAUUGCGAAGUAAAAAAGUGUGCAAUGUUGCGCCGAUUGCUGGAGAAACGAAAGUUUGGCAAUACAUAACAUUAAUGAAGAGAAUUUUCUUGAUUGAUUGUCCGGGUGUUGUUUAUCCUUCAGCUGAGACCGACGCGGAAAAAGUUCUGAAAGGUGUCGUGAGAGUUGAACUUGUAACAAAUCCUGAAGAUUAUGUUGAGGAAGUUUUGAAGAGAGUUCGACGAGAAUAUCUCGUUAAAACUUAUAAUAUUCAUGAAUUUGCAACUCAUAUUGAAUUUCUUGAACAACUUGCAAAGAAAAUGGGAAAAUUAUUGAAAGGAGCUGAGCCGGAUAUAAACACAACUGCAAAGAUGGUUUUGAACGACUGGCAACGAGGAAAACUUCCAUUUUAUGUUCCUCCAGAAGGUUUUGAAAUUCCCAAAUCAAGACUGGAAAGAAGUGAUAAAGUGACUGAAGAAUCAAGUGUGACAGAAGAUGCUGAAACAAAAAGUGUUGCAACAGCAAUUUCUGAAUCAGUGAUUAAAGGUCGUGAACUUCAACAAUUACAAGAUUUCCGAAAGAUUCGCGUUAAUUUGGAAUUCGAUCCUGAAGACAUUAAAGAACUCGAUCCAGAGGAAAUCGAGAGAUUCGAAGAGCAGAAAAAACUUGUGGCGGAGAAGAAGAAACUAAAGAAGGUUAAAGAUGAUGACGAAGAAUCUUCAGGAAUCAGCGAUUUCUAUUCUGAAGACGAGUACGAUGAAGAUGCACAAAAAGUUGUUCACAAAAGUGCUGGAACAAAAAUUAAAACAACUGCAACACCAGAGAAAAAGAAACAAAAAACCACAAGUGGAUUCUUUGAAGUUGAAGACGUUGCAGCGCCUAAAGUUGUGAAAAAAGUCACAGCAAAGCAGCGACGAGCUAUGGAACGACAACAGAAAGUCAAGAAGAUCGGAUCGAAUUUCUACGACGUUGUGAAUGUCAAAAACAAAACAAACAGCAGAAAAUUUACGAAAAAAAAUUAA